AUGGGUCGUUCAGAUAUCGAAUUUAAGACUGUUGAUCAUGUCACUCUGCGCGGCUGGCUAUAUGAAUCAGAAGACGCAAAGGGUGAAUACCCUUGCCUGGUGAUGUCUCAUGGCUUUGCUUGCCUCAAAGACAUGUGUCUUGACACUCUCGCGGAACGUCUGACUUCCGCCUUGCCAAUUGCUUGUCUAGUAUACGAUCACCGUGGCUUUGGCACUAGUGACCAAAAAGACACUGAGCCCCGCAACGAGAUCGUCCCGACACACCAGAACAGCGAUCUCCAGGAUGCCAUUACCUAUGCUCAAUCUCGAGAGCAAAUCGACGCAUCAAGAAUUGGUGUGUGGGGGUAUUCUUAUAGCGGUGGCCACUCACUCUGGGUUGGUGCCAUCGAUCGUCGUGUCAAGGCAGUGAUUGCGGUGGCACCGUUCACUACAGGAGAUAUAAUUGCAAACAAUAUGAGAUCCGACUUCGAGGAUGCCAUGGUCGACAUGCUUGCUCAAGAACGCAUGUCACGAGCAGCAGGUAAUGAGCCUGGAAGGAUGCCUGUCAUAGUAGAGAAUCCGCUUGAUGUGGCUGCAUUACCACAUGCAGAGAGUCUUGCAUUUUUUGCUCCCUGGGCUGAGAAGAUUGGCUGGAAGAAUGAUGUGACAAUCAGAAGCUUUGAAGGGAUAACGUCUUACUUUCCCACAUCUCGGAUCCACAAGAUCGGGCCCACACCUUUGUUGAUGCAGGUACCAAAGAAGGACGUUGUGGCAGUCACGGGAGCAAUGCUUGAGGCAUACAAUCGUGCCGUUGAACCCAAGGAGAUCCAUAUGCUGCCUGGUGGACACUUUAGCAUGUUCGAUGGCGAAGGGUUGGAGAUGAUGCUGGCGAAGCAGAUCGAAUUCCUGCAGAGGACGCUGCUCGAAUAA